UUUACGGAAGUGCCACAGUAGAAGCGUGGCUGAUGUGUUGAAUGAAGUAGGGAUGAUCAAACACGUUUUCUUGACAGGACCACCAGGUGUGGGAAAGACCACUCUGGUGCAGAAAGCCUGUGAGUCUCUGGUAUCAUCGGGAGCAACUGUAGAAGGUUUUUACACAGAGGAGGUGAGGGCAGGAGGGCGGAGAGUCGGCUUUGAUGUGGUCACUCUGACAGGGAAGAGGGGUCACCUUUCCCGAAUCAGAGACGCGGCUGGUCCGUCUCGUGGCACACGGGAGUACACAGUCGGGCAGUAUGUGGUCGAUUUGCCUUCUUUUGAAAAUCUGGUUCUUCCCCUCUUCAGAAAUGUGGACUCAGGAGGAGUGACAAAAAAGGUCUUUAUCAUCGAUGAGAUUGGUAAAAUGGAGCUCUUCAGCCAGUCGUUCAUCAGAGCCGUGAGACAGACUCUAGACCGCUCCUCCUGCACCGUCCUGGGAACCAUCCCCAUCCCCAAACAGAAACCUCUGGCUCUGGUGGAGGAAGUGCGGGCCCGGAGCGACGUCAAGGUUUACACUAUUUCUAAAGAGAACAGAAACUCCAUUCUCCAGGACGUCUUAUCCACUGUGAACGAGUGCCUCAAACAUUGACCCCCUGCAGGUUGUCUGAAGGUUUCUCUAAAGCCUUAAUCCCAAUGCAGUUUGUAUGUUCAGGAGUAAGCCCAUAGGAAGGACAUUUGACAUUGUUUUGACCCAUCCCAGUCUGCUGAUGAGCAGCUCUGUCACAUGCAUAAAUUCACAUGUCCCAUUCACUGUUUUCAAGCUGCCCGAAAGUGGAUUGUGAAUAAUUGAUUGCGAGAAACGGCAGAAUACAGAAUUGCUUGGUUAUUGUGUAAAUACAGUUCAGUCCCCACAAACAAGCUUCCCUUUUUCCUAUAUUUCAUUUAGCUGAGUCAGCAUUAAUAACAUAAUAUAAUACUUUAUUUUGGAGAAGACAUGUCCCAAUUUCUUUUAAUAGUAGCAGUGGUAAUGAUAUUUUUAAGCCUUUAGCUAUUCAAGUUAAACUCAAAAUGUGUUUACUUGUAUCUGUGUAUAUUUAUCAGUUAGCCAUAAUAGUUUAUUCAUAGCCAAGCUGAGAAGUGAAAAUAAAACUGGUUUUGCAUAAUUUUUUUUGUAGCCGUUGUCCCAAGAAUGUAAAAAAUGCAAUGAAAGAUGCUUAAUAUUAUUUUGUGGGUUUUGAGCCUAAUCUCUGGACGUAAUGGAGUUUGUAUCCGGCUAAAGUGAGAUUUAAAAGAAGGAUAGAACUUCACACUUAAAGAUCAUAGUUCAUGUGGGAUUUUGUUGCUGUUAUAUUUUGAGAAAGUUGAGAGAUGAGGUCAAACACUUUAAAGUUCAAUAUUUGGUCACCAUCAGAUAAAAAAUGCAAUUAAAUACUUGUUCUGUCAAUGGGCUUUAAUAAUAUUGCAGUUUCUUUAUACCUAGGGACCUAGGCUGGUAACAGCAGUGGAAAAUGCUUACAACCGCUGACCCUAGUUAAGAAAAAAAAUUACUAGCUAUUGCUCAUAGUUUGCUCUUAACCAGGUUCUUUUGCAAUAUAUAAUGUAAAACACGGGGAAAUGGAGGUAGACUAUAAAACACGUAUAAUAUAACACAUAUACAACAAAUACAAUACACAUAUAUAACACAUACAAGAUUUUCCCCUGUGGCCUGAUACUGGAUGGCUCAUGACUUAGUUUUGGGGCCAGGCUGAGCGGUUGGGUACUACUGCUUUUGGAUACAAUCAGUAUUUUCAUAAACAGGAAAAGCAAACAGGAAUAAACAAUCUUAUUUUCUAUUUAAACACAGAUGUUGAAUGGAUUUUUAAAAUGUUGCCUACCCAUUUCCGGUGCAUUGACUGGCAGUUGUGAGCUCAUUUGGCUGUGUAUCUGAGCCGUAGAGGCGUCUUCAGGUCAUUUCAAAGUGAAGCUAAAUCAAAGCGUGUUUCCUGUGUUUUGGAUGGCGUCGAGCUGCAGAUUGUGGGUGUUACAUGUCGUUUUGGCAGUCGUCCGAGCUGCCAGCUGUGAAGUGCGUCAGACCAGCCACUGAGCCAGCAUCUGCUAUAGCCACAUUCACAUACAAACAGAGGAUUUAAGGCAGAGGUCCAGUGGCAGCUUCAUACCCAGUAUUCAGAUUAUAUGUGCGGGAUGGGACAGGUGCUCCGAGGAUGUGGAGUGUGGGACAGUGGAAUAAGCUGCCGAGGGAGACGGCUCUUCCAUUUGACAGCUUGGUUAUGUAACAGAAGUAAACAUGAGAG